GCCCACCUACUGUUUUUUUGUAAGGCAACAUUGUCUGUCAGUCGGGAUUAUAAACGUUGGAUUCCUUAAUGAGUUCUGACUCUUAUAAUCAGAUUACUCAAACACACAGAGAGAGAGAGAGAGUAAAGUAGAAUCUGUGGCUUAAAAAAACGGAAUCUCACCUAUUUCAAAAUGGAAGUGACAUCUCAAGGGAAUGAUAAAUUACAAGACAAGAGUGACAAGUUCUCUGAUGAAAAGCAUACCACUACAGCUGGGUAUUCAGCGAUCAGUCGAGCUGUUGAAGCUGUACGAGAUUAUCUGGAAUAUGAUUUUGAAUGUUUACUUUCUGAUGUCACUACAUUGACACGUAUGAAUAAAGCCUCAACUGAACGUUAUAUGGAAUUAACUACAAGUACAAAUGAUAUGACAAGAAAGUUAACUGAUGUAAACAGUCGAUUUGAUUCGCUGCAUGAUGCUUUGAAGAAAAUUGAUCAUUUCAAUCAGGACAUUGAACAUUUGGAGAAGAAAGCGUCUGAAAUUGACAUGUUAACAAAACAAUUAGAGGAUCGUUACAAUAAACUUCUGGAGACUCAGAUCAAGUGAAAUUAUUGGAAGUUAAAAAAUAAUCAUGUGAGAUAUAUACUGCACCUACACAACCACCCACCCACCCACCUCCACACACACACACACACACACACACACAC